AGCCCGCUUUGUUCGAGGAGGGCGGUGACAGCGGACUCGGCCAAUGGGCGGUGGUGUUGUUGGCGGCCACGGCGGCGCAGUCCCGGAGUGAGCGAAGCCCAGACGGCUGCCGCUACUGCCGCAGGAGGCGUGAGGAGAUAAAGACAUUCAGAUGGCAGAUAACAGUUUUCCAGAUGGGGUUCCUUCAGAUUCCUUGGAAGCUGCUAAAAAUGCGAGUAACACAGAAAAGCUCACAGAUCAGGUGAUGCAGAAUCCUCAAGUUUUGGCAGCUUUGCAGGAACGGCUCGACAAUGUCUCCCACACUCCUUCAAGCUACAUCGAGACUUUACCUAAAGCAGUAAAAAGAAGAAUCAACGCAUUGAAGCAGCUCCAGGUGAAAUGUGCGCAUAUAGAAGCCAAGUUCUAUGAAGAAGUACAUGACCUGGAGAGGAAGUAUGCAGCCUUAUACCAGCCUCUCUUCGACAAGAGAAGGGAAUUCAUCACUGGUGACGUUGAGCCAACAGACGCAGAAUCUGAAUGGCACAGUGAAAAUGAAGAGGAGGACAAAUUGGCCGGAGAUAUGAAAACUAAAGCAGUCAUAGCAGAAAAAGAGGCAGCGGCAGCAGAGGAGCCAAGCCCGAAGGGCAUUCCGGAGUUCUGGUUCACCAUCUUCAGAAACGUGGACAUGCUGAGCGAGCUGGUGCAGGAGUACGAUGAGCCAAUCUUGAAACACCUGCAGGAUAUAAAAGUGAAAUUUUCCGACCCUGGACAGCCUAUGUCUUUUGUAUUAGAGUUCCACUUUGAACCCAACGACUACUUUACCAAUUCAGUCCUGACAAAAACGUACAAGAUGAAGUCAGAGCCAGACAAGGCUGAUCCAUUUUCCUUUGAAGGCCCUGAAAUUGUUGACUGUGACGGGUGUACCAUUGACUGGAAGAAAGGAAAGAACGUAACCGUCAAAACCAUCAAGAAAAAGCAGAAACAUAAGGGCCGAGGCACCGUCAGAACAAUCACCAAGCAAGUCCCCAAUGAUUCCUUUUUCAACUUCUUCAGCCCGCUGAGAGCAUCAGGGGAUGGAGAAUCACUGGAUGAAGACUCCGAGUUCACGCUAGCCUCUGACUUUGAGAUCGGACACUUCUUCCGUGAGCGGAUCGUGCCGCGUGCCGUGCUCUACUUCACGGGGGAGGCCAUCGAGGACGACGACAACUUUGAAGAAGGUGAGGAAGGAGAAGAGGAGGAGUUAGAAGGAGACGAGGAGGCAGAAGAUGAUGACGACGCCGAGACUAACCCCAAGGUGUAAUUUUUGUCUGUUAAUCAUUCAUACGUUUCUAGAAGGAGCCCAGCCAGCCCUCGGAGUGCAAGCAGCAGUGAGGCGCCCGCGUGGACAGUGCUCACACCUAGCUCGUUUUCAAGUGCAUGAUUUUCACUUUAACUUGCCCUUUUACUUUAUUAUUUUGCGUAACCUGUACAGUGGCAGCUCAGAUGCAUUUCAGAGAUAGGAGGUUUAAUCCCAGCACCCGCUACGGCCUCGGGCACAGCUCAGUGGACUCACCCAGCCCUGCCUUGGGGAGGGCCCUGCAGAUCGCGUUGGGGGAUCGCUGGGCGCCAAGGGCACGUGUCCAGGGGUGUGGUUCCAGGGCAUCUCGAACUGGCUCAGCCUCUGCCAUGAGGACGCCCACGCGCCGUCUCCAGUCCCGGCAGCGCCAGCGCGGGUAGCCACCCUUCUCACACUGCUCUGUCUUUAGUUUUAUUUUCCUCAGGACUGACCCUGAGGCUCCAGCUUUUGUGGUUCAUCUCGUAUUUAUUUUAUCUUUCACGCUGGUGACGGCUUGGGGGUGUCGUUCAAGUUUCUGAGACCCUGUGGGGACCAGACACCCGGUGCCCUGAGCCGGAGGUGCUGGUCAGGCUGCAGACCCUGCGGAAGAAGCUGCUCCCUCAGGACACGCGGACCAUGCUUGGCCUUGGGGGCGGGGGUGGGGCUGUGGGCAGAACCAGGGUUUGCCAGGCUCGCGGGGAGGGGCUCCGGCCGGCAAGCACGGCUUUCCUCCAUAGUGCAACACGUCUUGCUUUCUUGUAGCUCCCAUUUCUUAGCCCCACACUCAUUUUGUCUUAAAAGCCUUGGGUUCCAAGCGAGCUGUCCUUGGUGGCGUGUGGGUUUUGAGUGUGUGACCUCUGGCCCGGGGAGUUCAGGCUGUGGCCAGGCUGUAGAGUGCUCAGCCUUACUUAACGAUACAUUUGUAACUGAAUACAGUGUUUUCAAUUUGUACAGAAUAGUUAGAAUAUUCUAUUAAAGUUGUGAACCAUG